AUGCGUGCUUCGUUAUCCACCGUCGCCCUCGUCGCUGGGGUGUUCAGCCUCCAUGCCUCAGCAAACCCAAUACAGACUACACGCUCUUCUAAUCACCAGCCUCGAGAGCUUUUGCAGCUCCCGGGGAUAUGGAUAGAAAACAUCGCUGUGCGACACAACGGGGAUUUAUUGUUGACCACAAUCGGCAAGGGGGACAUCUACUCGUUUAACCCAUCCCGUCCAAAUGCCCAACCACAGAUUGUGGCAAACUUCGAUCAAAUCAGCGCUGCAGCUGGCAUUACUGAGAUUGGCAAAGAUGUAUUUGCCAUCACAGGAGCGGAAUACAGCUCGGCAGUUGGGUUUACACCUGGCUCAAUCCAGAUGAUCCGGGCUGAUUUCAGCAAGGACCGCUGCGGAGCGCAUAAGAACACUACAGCUCCAUCAACCGACUUCAUACUACGGGGAGGUGACGUUGGGCCGCUGAAUGGAUUGGUUACGCUUCCAUGGCAUCCGAAUUUUGUUCUGGGUGCAGACUCGACGAAGGGGUUGGUUUGGCGUGUUGACACCGCCUCUGGCGAGGCCGCGGUUGUUAUCGAGGACGAGUUACUAACCCCCGGCCCUGUUGGACCAUAUGAUUUUGGCGUCAAUGGGCUGAAGAUAUUCGGAGAUUAUCUCUACUUCACGUGCACGAAACGACGAGCGCUGGGACGAGUCAAGAUCGACGCGUUCGGAAACAAGGUCGAACCCGCCAAGCUCAUUGCCCAAUUUGGAGACGCUGAUUCCGGUGCUGCCACGGAUGACUUCGUCAUGGAUAAGAAGGGGAACGCUUUUGUCACGGUGCGUCCGAACCUCUUGUACAAGGUUUCUCCGGGGGGUGAAAAGACCAUUGUGAUGAAUGGUAUGAUUAUUGCCCCGGCCUCUGUGGCACUCAGCAGGAACGAGAAGAAGCUUUUCGUUGUCACAGCAGGCGACGAGGCAGCUUCUAUUGGAGGCCAGGUGGUGGAGCUUGACAUUUGA